AUGUGGCACGAGGCGAGGAGAUCGGAGAGGAAGGUCCAUGACCUGAUGGACGCCGCCCGCAAGAGGGCGCAGCGACGCGCGGUUUUCCUCGCCAAGCGGCGGGGCGACCCCCAGCAGUCGUUGCAGGCCGUCGGGACCCGCUGCCGCAUGUACCGCGACGACGGCCUGUACCAGGCCACCGAGGAUCAGCUAGGGCUGUAUGUUCCUCUACUUGUUUCCGCUCCCCAACGACGAUCAAGUGUCUAUUAUUCACCUUUUUCUUUGCCUUUUGCUUUGGUUUCCAUGAUUUUAUAUUGUUUGUCUUUUUAACUAUUUUCGUGCGGUUUUUUAAUUGAAGAAAUGUUGCACGCUGUUUUGUUCUGCUUUCUGCUUCUGGAGAAACCCUUAUCGCCUCUUGUUAGCUGUUAAGCACUAGAAUCUCGAUGAGGAAAAAUCUAGGUCAUUUUUUUGUGAGGUUUUAUGCAGUAAGAUAAAUCAGGAUUGGUUGACAAAUCUUAUGCCUUCACGUAUUAUUAUGUGGGUUUUUAUGGUACGGAUGGUAGGGGAAAAAUUGAACAAUGAGGCCCAGUGCUAAUUUAUAUUGUCUCUGAUGCUACAGUACCAUCUUAAGACUGUCUAAUCUCUUGCCCGUUUUACGGUUACUUCUACAUCCUUGAGGUAUAUUGGGUUCUGGAGGAGGAAGAUGAAAGGAUGGAGAUUAAGAUGACUGGUGGCUACCCUAAUCUUAAGUUUUUCUGGUGAUGAUCACUUGAUUAUGAUUUUAUUCACAGAAUUCUGGUUUUCGUAGGCAACUAUGAACAGUUGAGUGUAGGAUGUGACGAAAUUUUCGGUGUCUAACCACGCACCAAUGCAUAACAGGGACUGGGAUACAACCCGUGAAUGAAUCUUUAUAUGCAAGAAACACAGUUCCGUGCCUUACAUAUUUUAAAGUUCUCCUUGCUUUUUACUUUGCAUUUGUUGACUCCCUUGGUUGAUUUGGGUGGGGGGAUGUCAUGACUGUAGCUUCCAUCAAAUAUAUAUAUAUAUAUAUAUUUAUGUCUAUAUUUAUCAGUCUUUUCUACCUCCCAAUAUUCCUUGGACCACUUUCCUGUACUUCUGGAAAUAAUAGGGUUCCUUCCCCCACUCCAUCCUUUGAUACUCCUUAUCUUCUUCCUCUCCUUCUUUAUUUUUUCUUAAGAGCUUGGAAAAUAGGAUAAACUCACUCUUGGCUUGAAUAUUUCAUCCUUUGAAUCCCUUUCGUGUGUCUUUCAAUAAUUCAUCCUGCAUCUCAUCGCGGUCUACUUAUUCCUUUAUAGCUUAUUGGAGCAAAAGUUUGUCAUUAGUUGGUUCUGAUUGCUCUGUGAAGAAGACCAUUUUGAGGCCCUCUUUUUGUCCUUUUUAUUACCAAUGGAUCAAGGGUUUUAUCACCAAUCAAUAAUUCAUCCUGCAUCUGAUCAAGGUCUACUUAUUUCUUUAUAGCUUAUUGGAGAAAAAGUUUCUGUCAUUUGUUGGUUCUGAUUGCUCUAUGAAGAAGACCAUUUUGAGGCCUUCUUUUUGUCCUUUUUAUCAUCAAUGAACCAAGGGUUUGGUAUAUAUAUUGCAGUUCUUCCCCAUCCUUCUCUCUUGGUCUUGGUUUAGUCGCCUCCUCUUGGACCGACAUGAAUUUAUGGGCAAUUCCUCAAUGUAACCUGUAUUUGUUUUCUUUUUCUUUUUUUUGGGCGGUGGGGAGAGGGGAAAUACCAAUUAUCAGAGAGACGAUAUGACUAAUCUUGUCUAUGUCACUUUUCUUAUGAACAACUGGUGGUGGACCUACUGAUGUUCCAGGCUGGGGUGUAGACACUGUCAGUGAGGUUGAAGGAGGCAUGUGGGAGAAAAGUGGACAAGAGACAGGCGGGAGGGUGGGAAUUUUUUAAUGUUUUGAAUGGACGUUAAUGAACUUCCUUUGAUUGUGACAAAGCAUGUAGUGAACUUAUAUGGCUUCUGACAAGGAUGGACAAUUGUGAGUGGAAAUCAUAUAAGAUAAAUGAUAGUUGUAAAAAUGUUAUAGUUUGUCUCACUUUCAGAGGAAGAAAUCUGAACCAUUAUUUUAAAAGACGGUACUUAAGUUGGAUUUAUAAAUUAGGAAUUGAUAUCGUAAAGGGAGGAAUGCUUCGUAAUUAGGCUAGAAAACUAGGGUUUGCGGUCAUUAGAUAUGUCUACAUUAUUUCCCCAAACUUUAUUCUAUAAAAUUGUCUUCCGACUGGAAUGCUGUCUCUUGAUAUAAUUGCGGUGCAUCCACUGAUUUUCGUUUUUUUUUUAACACAAUCAUCUUUUCUCUCUAUUCCUAACCAGGAUUCCAUGGAAUGGAAAACAAGAUGUGAUGAUUGACAGGUGAUUAUCUUGAGAAUUUAUUUAAUAGUUAGAUUUUUUAUUUUUUUAGAGCUUAUAAUUCGUGUUUUCCUGCUUUUUUUCCUGAACAGAUUUGAUGGUCGUGCUCUUCUUGAUUUCAUUCGUGAUCCUGGUUCUCGACCACGUCAUAUUCAAGAGAAAACCAAUGAGGAAGAAGAACUAGAAGAGUUUGUUAAUUUUGAGCGUUACCGGGAUUUAAUUAAGCAUCGGCGUAGAGGAUGUCGGUACCUUUUGAUCUUUAGCCUGAGUCUUUCAUACCAUUUUUCUACUUUUUCCUGUUAGCUCCUUGUUUUUCAAUUAGACAGGCUAAACACAUGAAAAUGACCGUUUAUUCUUUUUAUUCAAUGACACUGUGACUGCAAGUGCAAUUGCUUCACUACCUAACCUUUGUUUUACAGUCACUGAUGAGGAGGGUUUACAGAAUACUCUCCAAGAACUUGAGGCAAAAGCUACUGCCCUUUUCACACCAGAGAGGUACCCUUUUAUUCCUUUCCCUCCGUUGUGUUUACACAUUAGUUGGCAGAAGGUCCUUCCACCAAUCAAAGGCAUUGGUCUUUGGAGAUCUAUUAUUUCAAUUUCUCAACAAGUCUUGAUCCUUAUGUAAUUGCCUGUUCAACUAAGAAUUUUACUGUUUAUAACCUCACUCAUCUCAGUUAUAGUACUAUAUUCUCUAAAGAGAAAGGAAUGUUAGCCCUGGAAAACUUUGUUGAUGUUGAUGGCCAGGUAGAGGUCUGAAUUGUGCAAUAGUGGGGUGUCUUCUAUGGACGAAAUUCCAUGGGAAUAUUUUUAUUUUCUCUUUCUGCCAUAAACAUGUUCCCUUGAUAUUUUAUUGUUAUUUUCAUACAUAGAGUUUAUAUUUUUUCGUUAAUAAACUCCUUGAUUAAUGAGAUUAUUUUGUGAAGUUGAAAAAUAUAAUAAAAUAUAACAUUCAACUCAUAUUCUCAUCCUAUUUUCAAUUAUCGUUUGAAUGUGAUAUUAUCAAUAUUCGCGUUAUGGACGACUACUCGAGGAAGAAUACCUUUGGUGUGCAUAGUUGAGUGAUGUGUGGUCAAUAUUUAGUUUUGUUUAGUAAUUCCACUAAAGAGCUUAAGGAAGCAAAACAAACCUAUCAUAAUACUCUUUGAUCAAGUAUCUUCUAAGCCUGCUGACAUAGACUCUCGAAUUCCUUUUGGUGUGCAUAGUUGAGUGAUGUGUGGUCAAUAUUUAGUUUUGUUUAGUAAUUCCACUAAAGAGCUUAAGGAAGCAAAACAAACCUAUCAUAAUACUCUUUGAUCAAGUAUCUUCUAAGCCUGCUGACAUAGACUCUCGAAUUCCUUUUGGUGUGCAUAGUUGAGUGAUCUGUGGUCAAUGUUUAGUUUUGUUUAGUAAUUCCACUAAAGAGCUUAAGAAAACAAAACAGACCUAUCGUAAUGCUUCUUUGAUCAAGUAUCUUUUAAGCCUGCUGACAUAGACUCCCAAAUGCCUUUGGUGUGCAUAGUUGAGUGAUGUGUGGUCAAUGUUUAGUUUUGUUUAGUAACUCCACUAAGGAGCUUUAGAAAACAAAACAGACCUAUCAUAAUACUUCAUUGAUCAAGUAUCAUUAUGCCUGCUGACAUAGACUCCCGAAUAGCUGCCUUUGGUUGCUAUAGCUGUGUCUACGGGAUACCUUGAAAGCUAUGGUGGAUUGUUCUGCGAGAUCUGCCUCCUUAAAUAUACUUGAGACAAUUACAAAAGAUAUGAGCCAAAUUGUUGUCAUCCACCGUUUCUGCACUCUACUACAGUAUUUCACGUGCAUAAUCUUCAUCCGCAAAACCCUCUAAUUUCUUCCUGUUCUCCAGAACCAUAUUUCAAAUGCUGUCUUUCAAGUCUGAGUGUUUUGGGAUGCAUAGUAUCAAUUCAAUGACUUGAAGAUGUUUGAGAACCUUAAAGAAACGAGUUGAAGUUACCGAAGUCGGAUUAUUCUAUACUUGAUUGGCAUAUGAAUGACCUAUAAUGGGUUUCAUUCCGAUGGCUUAUGAGCUUUCUGUUUGUUUUUAUUUGUCUCAGACCACAGCCAGCACAAGUUUCUGCUAGCAAGGGUGCAUAUUCGCAGGUGGGUUUCUCCUAUAAGGGGGAUGCAAAUGAAGAAUCUCAUUCCCUGGACAGUGAGGUGGAGGAUGACGACGAAGAUGAAGAUGAUGAUGAUGAUAAGGACUUCAGCAGUGAUGACAGUAAUGAUGAAGGAAUUGAUGCAAUUGCAAAAGAAUUUGGGAUAAAGAGAUAUAAUUGGCUUCUUUAUAUGGACAAAAAAGCCAAGGAAGAAGAGAAAAGACAAAAGGAAGUUAUUAAAGGGGAUCCAGCAAUUGUAAGUUGUCAUAUUUUUCUGUUUUCUUGGUAAUUAAGUAUCAUAAUUUGUUCUCUGGAGUAUCCAUGCAUUUGUGAUCUUUGCAAAAUGUAUGUUUGAAAUUUGGUGGGAAGAAAAAGAAAUGUCAUCUCUAUCCAGAUUUAUAUUCUCAUAUUUCUGUAGAGAAAACUGAGCCGCAAGGAAAGGCGAAAAGCAUCAAAGAUGGAACGGGAAAAAGACAAGGAAACUUCUCGGACAAUAGGAAGGGCCCCACAUCAUGAUCCAUAUAGGUGGAAAUUAUGCUUAGCCUCCGUCAUUUGGGUCUAUAUAUGUCAUGUUCCCGUUUUCACUGUAUUUGGACGCCAUGCUCAGGGAACAACGGCGAAGUCCCACUUAUGAUGCCUAUCCUCGUUCACGAAGGUGCAUAAUGAACCUUCGAUUUGUUCUUCAUAUCUUUUGGUUGAAUUAUCAUAACUGAGGCUCAAAAAAUCACCGUCUUGAACAGAUCAAGAUCCAACUCUCGUUCAUAUUCCCCUUCAUAUGCGAAGCGGCAUGAUCGUGACCUACAUGCGGAUAAUGGGUAUAAGAGUAAAUCGAAGGCCCCGAAAAUAGAGUAUAUAACUGAGUUUGGCGGAUCCAAAGUUGAUGGUCAGAGGCCAGAAGGAAUAUCUCCACCGUCAUCCCCUCCAUUUCACGCUGACAUGCUGAACCGGUCGGGGCACUCGACCUUUACACUGCAAUGAUAGAUUUGACAUUUUCUUCUCUGCUGCAGAUUGUUCUGAUGGUUCUGGUUACAUAAGGCCGAAUUUUCGGGUUUGUGAUUAGAUGAAGCCUAGGGAUCAAUACCAUGACUAUUGAAGUGUGGAUUUAGGUUUGGUCAUCGUAGGUCUGAGGACCAGUAACACUUAUUGGUUGGAUGAUUUCUGUAAAGGCACAUAUCUUGUGGCGAUUAUGUGUAAAAUAUGAGUGAUCUCAAAGCGAGAUAGAUGGUUCUUACCGUGUCAUUUUAGUUACUCCGAUCAUUCUUCAUCUUUUCAGGUCAUCUGCCGGUCGCAUACUUGAGGCAUUGCAUGUUGACCCUGCAUCCGGUGUCUCCCUAGAUCAGGAGACUAGCAAAGUAAUGAAGCCAUCACCAAGGUAUUUCUUUUUGAUGCCCCAGAACCAGGCGUUCUUGUAGGUUGUUCUCAGUAUGCCGUAGUAUUGAAAUUCUGUGGUCCGUCUUGUUUAACAGCAUUUUUUUUUUCUUCUCUUUCAAAAUUCCUAUUCUCAUUAUGUUUCUCUUUGAUUCGAUCCACGACUUUUCUGUCUGAAAAUGCCAGCACAUCUUCUGCAUUAACAAAGUUAAGCAAGACUGGAAAUGGCGGACUUUUAAAAUCACAGCAGAUUGAGAAGAAAGAAACACCUCAGGAGCGUCUUAAACGGAUUAUGAGCAAGCAACUUAACAAACAAAGUGAGAUUCUCAUUCUGACCUCUCGUCUGCACCUAUGGUGAUAAUCAAAGCAUCUCUGCUUAGUUGAAGGAGAUAUCUUUAGUGGCUAUGAUCUCUCUCAUCGAUCUUUUAGAUCCUGAUGUCUAUAGUUGUUUGCAUGUGAUGCCAUCGACAGUUAAGAAAGAUGCUGCUGCUGAUAUGGUGAAGAGGCGAGAGCAGGAGCGCCAGCGGCAGGAGAAACUCGCAGAGACCAGUAGAGUUAGCCGUUAUCGGCACCGCAGCCGUAGUACAACCCGCAGCCGCUCUCCUCCAAGGUAUCGAAAGUUGUUUACUUUGCAAAUAAGUACAAACUCUAGAAGCGCAUUGUUCUAAUUCUUCCGAACAAAUAGUGAGGGCCUCUAUCCACCAAAAUUGCCCAUUCCGUUGAACAUGAGUGGAAGAACUCCAAACAUCCGUCAACAGGAAGUCGUUGACUGUUUUCUCAGGUCCCAAUUUUUCGCUCUUGUUGCUCAUUUUGGAAGAUUGGGAGUCCCUGUAAUCUUCUUCAACAUUCCACGGGCUCCUUCAUCCUUUUACCUCACAUAGUGGCCCAUUAGUGAUGAUAAUCGCAUGUUUGGAUUGUAGGUGGACUAGUAAAUGUUUCCUCUUUAGUUCAGUAUCCAGUGUCCUCACAGAAUGCCGAUCAUAAGCUUUUGGGAUGUUCAUCAGGAAUGACUGGUGAUGCUCAUAUCAAAUUGUUUAGAUAUGAGGUAAGAGAAAGUUCCUUACCCAGGUAGUGCCUUAGUUGGUGGACUGCUGUGGUGGUCCUUUUUGUUUGCCAAUAAUGGUAAGUUGUAAUCCUCCUAUUAUGCCGGAGGUGUCUUCAGCUUGCCCUUCUCUACGUGAGUUUCUCAAUGUGAUCUACAGAAACUGGGACUGUUUGCUCGGAAAGUUUUUCUUGACAGUUUUAGCUAUGGAUUUGGAUGCUUUUUACUUGUCCCCAAAAUGGGCUGCGAUUAAUUUUAAUCUGAAAUUUAUUAUAUUCCUGAUAAGGCGACAUGCAUGGGAUUGAAAACACAAACUUGACCUCUGUGUGGAGAGAUCUCUGAUACUGAGGAAAGCCAAUACCCAUAUCUGUCUCUGAAACAAAAACAGAAUUAGAAAACGACCAAGGAUUUCAGCAUGGAAACCCUGGCUUGUUACUGCUAUUCAAGGGUGGCUCGCUCACCUAAUUGGCAGGUAGAAUAUGAACUCUUUUUCCAUUUAGUGACAAAAUUGUCUGGUUGCAGAAGGUACCGUCACAGUAGAAGCCGCAGCUGGAGCCGGAGCCAGAGCCGGAGCCGGAGCCGGAGCCGGAGCCCUCCAAGGUACCAUUCAAGAUCCCGUUCUCCAUCGCCAGCCAGGUAA